CCAGAGGCAGCCUCGAUACCAGAACAAGAACACUGGUUGAGUGAACUCGCUCAAUCUCUGAAAACUUCCAGAUAAAGAAAAAAAGUUUAUCUUAGUCACUGUCUUUCUGUUCAGUAUUUUCAAGGUUGUAUAAUUUGUUACGGUAUAGGCUCUAAGCAGACUUACUGACACUCCAUGACGCGAUACUCACUGAACUGAAACAAUAUUCGAUCUUCCACUUUCACUGAUUAAUUCCGAGAUUCGUUGUUGCAUCCACGCCACUUUUCCAUCCGCAUCACGAACGGUUGAAGGCAUCCAAAAAAAGAACCAAGCGCGCAAGAUGCCGGCCAUCGGAGCAACGAAGGGGGCCGUGCUAUUCCACCUCCUGAACAUAAACCUGCUGAUGGACCUGGGCGCCCCGCCGCCCGACCCCGUCGCGAGCCCCGCCGUCUCAUCCAACGUGGAGGAAGUUUGCCACAUUGUGUACGGCCAAAGGACUUGCUUCUCUAUGACCGACCCUUGGUUCUCUUCGUCACGUCCUGUGGUGAAGGCGCCCAUGUCGCCCGAGGAGCUUGGCACUUCCUUCACGCUCUUCACUCGCCUGAACGACACCUUUCCUGCGACCCUUGACCCCGGCGACCUCAACACCAUCGUCAACGCGCCCUUCAUCCCGGGAAAGCCCUUCAAGGUGGUCACGCACGGCUACCUCUCCUACGGCGCCGUCGGCUGGAUAAAGACGAUGACGGGCGAGCUCCUCCGAUCGGCCGACCAGAACGUGAUCGUGGUGGACUGGGGCGUGGGCGCCAGGCCUCCCUACACGCAGGCCGUGGCCAACAUCCGCAUGGUGGCCUCGCAGCUCGCCUACCUCAUCUACCUGUUCAAUAAGUUCGCCGACGUCCCGGUCUCCUCCGUCCACCUCAUCGGCCACAGCCUCGGCGCGCACAUGUCCGGCCACACGGGGACCUACCUCAAGAAAAUCUACGGACUCACGCUGCCCCGAAUCACCGGCCUGGACCCCGCCGAGCCCUACUUCAACGACACCCACCCGGUGACCCGACUCGACACGACUGACGCCGACUUCGUUGACAUCAUCCACACCGACGACUCCCCAAUCCUCGGCUUCCCGCUCAGCGUGGGCAUGACGCAGCCCAUCGGCCACCUCGACUUCUUCCCCAACGGAGGACACAACCAGCCGGGCUGCAUGGGUGACGUCAACUGCCAGCACCGGCGCGCGAUCACCUAUUUCACGGAAUCCAUCAGGCAGUCUUGUCCCAUGAUAGGUGUUGCCUGCCCAUCAUACGGAGAGUUUAUAGAUGGUGACUGCUGGGGCUGUGACGACGAGCACCCUUGUUCCUACAUGGGGUUGGACGCCGCGCCUCUGCCCUCACAGCCAGAGCUCACCAAACUCUAUCUUCAUACAUGGGAACGCAGCCCGUUCUGUGGCUACCACUACCGCGUGACUGUGGAAUUCAGCAACUCCACUGAGGCUCAGGAGAAAAUGGGGGAGUUUGGCAUCAUCCACCUCAGACUCACCGGCAAUAAGGACAAGUCGCCACCGAUCAAGCUGUCUGAAAAAUCGAAGUACUACGAAGCCGGCUCAGUGCACCGCCGUGUUAUCCUGACCCACGACAUCGGUGACCUGCAGACGAUGGGCGUGACCCUCGAGUACCCAAGGUCAAUCAUGUCUUGGGUCCGCCUCGAAAAGCCAACCUUCUUCCUGGAAUCCAUCACCGUCGAGCCUCUCGGGGAAAACACGAAGUGGAAGUACUGCAUGGCAGAACGCGUCCAGAAGAGCGGCUACGAGUACAUUCUUUCGUCAAAACAGUCGUGUUAAGUGCGUGAACCAUAGUAAAAAAAAAAAAAAAAAAAAAAAAAAAAAAA